CGUCAAUAAACUACUACAUAAAGACCUAUGGAAACCGCAUGAUGAAACAGAACAUUCAGUUUGUUGAUUUUCGUUGAAUGUUUUUCAAGCUAUAUAGUGACUACACUAGAUUGCCAUGAUGUCAAGAGCUGUUAUAGGAUUAUUGUAUAUAUUUACUUCUUGUGUUUUUUCAGAUGUCAAUAUUGCAUUAAACAAACCAACAACAAUGUCCUCAAUAUAUGAGCCAGAAGAAGGAUAUCAUUGUUGCAACUCUGAAUUAGCCGUUGAUGGAGAAAAGCCUGGAUGGGUUGGAGCCGAUUUUUUGUGUGCACAUACAGCACCUAACGAUAAUCAGCAGCCAUGGUGGGCAGUCGACCUACAGAAUGUUUAUGAUAUCAAUUUGAUACAUAUUCAUGGACGCACAGAUUGUUGUCCUAACCAUCUAGUGAACUUUGAUGUUGAAGUCAUUAUGCCAACAUGUACAUGCAACCGGUGGAAUAAUUUGGAUGAGGGAAAUAUAUAUCACUGCCACUACCAAGCCACUGAAAGCCAGAACAUCACUAUAAAUUGCCCUCCUAACACAAAAGGGAGAAUUGUCCGGAUUAAACGCCGUGAUACGGUAAACUUGGUUAUUUGUGAAAUAGAAAUAAAUGGAAAUCCAAUAAACAGCCUCCUUAAGUCAGAUUUUUCAAGCACUUAUACUACAUAUGCAUGUGGAAAAAUCGGAUACGGAUAUAUUGGUCCUGUCCUAGAGACAUCUGUAGCACAACAUGACAUUCAGUGUACUAGAAGGUGCAUCACAAAUACAGCCUGUGCCGCAGCAGAGUAUGACAAGAAAACAAAUGUCUGUACAUUGAAAGGUCAAUGUACAAAUGACACUCAGUCGUCUUUUUUCCCAGACACCUACAAACAUGUAUUUUUCAUUCAAUAGGAUAUUGGUUUGCAAGCAACCUCUAUAUCAUUUAUAUGGGCAAAAUAAUAUCAACUUUACUGCAUAUGCACUUUAUAUUGACAAUAUACAAAUCUUAUUUUUUAACCACACAGUUCAUUUUAAUGAAUAAUGUUUACUCCACUUAAUCAAAAACCUUUCUGCUUGUACAAGCCUAAAUGUUUAAGGGCUAUAAACUUUUAUUUUACACUGAGUAAUCUUUUAUUUAAUUGAUUUGAGAAUAAAAAAAAAUGUAUUAUUUCACCAUUGUUGUUUGUACAUAUUAAUGUUAAUGCUGUCAAUAUAUUAUGCUUUCUUUGCUU